AUGGGGAGGUCUGACGAGCGUGCUUUGCUCCUUCUUGUCAUUUGUGUGCUUGCUGUUCACACACCAGCCGAAGCCUGGUACAAACAAGCAGCCGGACCCAGUUAUUACUCAGUCGGUAGAGCAUCGGGGCUGCUUUCAGGAAUCCGGAGAUCAGCCAUCAGAAGAGAUGAACCGGGCGCACGGGACAGCGGAGACUUCACCCAGAAUAACGCAGUCUUACAGACAAACUCGCACAACUUCGCUUUGAAAAAUAUGCCUAUUUGUGUGAAGGACGUUUUGCCCGACCUGCAAAGCUGUGAACUGAUGCGGGACUCGACAUUCCGGUGUGAGGCUGCCGUCAUUCUCACCCUCGACCCCAGCAGCUGCGUGAAAGCGUGA